GACCAUGCACCAAAACUAAAAGAUCUUUCUCAAUACUACCCUUCUCUCACCAAGAUCGAAAAGAUCCUUUUAAAAUUUUGUUCAAAGAGGCUUAGAGAACGACUUUGGCCUAUUGGUGAAGAAUGGAAACAUGAUCAAAAAAUUGUUGCAAAUAUCGUCAAAGACAUUUCAUAUCCUCUUGAUCUUCUGCCUCAAUUUUUAAAUUUAUCAAAUGUUAGAGAUGUUAAAAAAAACUCUCAACUGCAUCUAUAA